AUGGCGCAAGUGGCCCGAGAUGCAGACUCCUUCUAUGUACAGGAUUGUCGACAGGUGCAGAACAACACUCAUUCGAUCCAGACACUGACUGGGCAGAUUUCUCGGCUAGUGGGGACCAUGGAAGCAGAAAAGGACUUCCAACACUGCCGAAAGAUGGUGGAUGAUGCAGUGCGCCAGGCUUCAGAGACCAAAGCGAUCCUAGCCCGCAUCCGGGAGCACCAGCACCAGGCGCAGAACACUGCCGAGCGCAACAACCGCCGGAUGAUGUACCAGAAGCUUUCGGACAACUUGGCCAUCACCGCACGUGUGCUGGAGGACGUGGUCCGGCGCUUCACCGCCGAGGAGCGCCGGCGUGUCGGUGGAAACAGCGGAGUCUUCGAGGCCCCCGGCAUCGCCGCUGCAGAUGUCGCCGGAGGGAACGACCAGAAGCCUCUUCUCUCCACCGGCGGAGAUCAGAUGGACACUGCCUUGCAGACGGACAAAGUUCAGACCCUGCGAAAAGUGGAUGAGGAUAUGCUUUGCUUGCAACGCAUCUACACGGAUCUGGCGACAGCCGCCGAAGAACAAGCCUCCAGCUUCGAUACUCUGGAGAGUCACAUGGCCCGAGCCUCCGCAGACAUUGAGCGCGGAAGGGAGGAGAUCGAGUACACAGAGAGAUACAAUUUCAGCGCGCGGCUGAAGCGGAGGAUUUGGAUCGGCGCCGCGGGCGUCGGUUCAUUGAUCCUGGUGACAUCAUUGCUCAGCUCCUGA